CUAAGGUACUAAUAAAUAAGAACCAAGAAGAUUGCAAGGUUUCAUCCAACUUACGUACAGAUCGUGAUCUCCUCCAAUUUUCUCCAGUCGUACUCUUAUGGCGAAGCUAGAUGGCAACGACGACCUCCGCAAUUGUGUCAUCACGCUGAGGGAAAAUCCGAAGAGGCGAAGGGAUAGGGUUUGCGUUGGUUGUGGAGCCGGAUUCGGAGGUGAUAGACCCAUGGCGGCUCUCAGGUUGCUUCAGAGAGUCGAAGGUAUUCACUAUCUUGUCCUGGAGUGCUUAGCCGAACGGACGUUGGCUGAUCGGUGGCGGAUCAGGGCGUCUGGUGGUGAUGGCUACGAUUCUCGUGUUACGGAAUGGAUGCAAAUGUUACUACCACUAGCUCUGGAGAAAGGCGUUUGUAUAAUCACCAACAUGGGUGCAAUGGAUCCUCCCGGGGCAAAGAAGAAGGUUCUUGAGCUGGCCAACGAAUUAGGGCUCAAUGUUUCUGUGGCUGUCGCUCAUGAGGUGAAUAUUGACUCAGGUUCCGGACCGUCUUUUGAUGUUCAAAACUUCUCUGAGGGGGGUGCUAGCACAUAUCUUGGAGCUGCUCCUAUUGUCGAAUGUUUGGAGAAGUAUCAGCCAAAUGUGAUAAUUACUUCGCGAGUUGCUGAUGCCGCCUUAUUCUUAGCCCCAAUGGUUUAUGAAUUAGGUUGGAACUGGGAUGAGUUGGAGCUGCUAGCUCAGGGAACUCUUGCUGGCCACCUUCUAGAGUGUGGUUGUCAGCUCACUGGUGGUUACUUCAUGCAUCCAGGUGACCAAUAUAGAGACAUGCCUUUCCCUCUUCUCCUAGAUCUGUCCCUUCCUUAUGCAGAAAUUAGUUGCGACGGAAAAAUAUGUGUGGCAAAGGCUGAAGGUAGUGGUGGGGUUUUAAAUACAAGUACUUGUGCUGAGCAACUUCUUUAUGAGGUUGCUGAUCCCGGUAAUUACAUUACACCUGAUGUGGUGAUUGAUAUACGAGAUGUUUCUUUCCUCCCGUUAUCAGACUGUAAAGUACAAUGCAGCGGGGCAAAACCAUCUGUUGAUGCAGUACAAGUUCCUGAGAAACUCUUGCAGUUGGUUCCAAAGGAUUAUGGAUGGAAAGGAUGGGGAGAGAUAUCCUAUGGAGGGAAUGGAAGCGUUCAACGUGCUUGGGCCUCUGAAUUUCUGGUUCGAUCAUGGAUGGAAGAAACUGUUCCUGGUGUUAAUCACCGUAUCCUUUCUUAUGUGAUUGGACUCGAUAGUUUGAAGGCAACAAGUAAUAGUGCCGAAUCAUCAUCUUGGCAGCCUUGUAGAGAUGUUAGGUUACGUAUGGAUGGGCUCUUUGAACGGAAGGAACAUGCUCUCCAGUUGACCAAAGAGUUUACUGCUUUAUAUACGAAUGGGCCAGCUGGUGGUGGUGGUAUAAGCACAGGAUACAGAAAGGAGAUUUUUCUUGAAAAGCGUUUGGUCAACCGAGAAUCUUUGUACUGGAAAACUGGAGUACAGCACACCGACAUGUCAAAAUCAGUGAACCAUGAACAUCGUCCUGAAGUUGUUACCGCAGGGAAAGUUUACAAGGUCCAUAUGGAAAAUAAAACUUCCUCCCUCACACUUGGAGGCCAUUCUUGUAUGGAUUCAUUUGCAGUCCCUCUCUCUCAUGCCCCUGCUCCUGCUCCAUCUUCCCAGAAAAUCCCACUCUACACUGUUGCUCAUGGUCGGGCUGGGGACAAAGGAAAUGACGUGAACUUCUCUAUAAUACCACAUCACCCCCCAGAUGUGGAGCGCCUUAAGCUCGUCAUUACUCCUCAGUGGGUGAAGGGUGCGAUGUCAGUUCUGUUACAAACCUCUUCCUUUUUGGAUAUUGAUUCCAAUCGGAUUGAUGAAAAUGUCACCGUGGAGAUAUAUGACGUUAGAGGGAUUCAUGCUCUGAAUGUUGUGGUCCGGAACAUUCUAGACGGUGGAGUCAACUGUUCUAGAAGAAUGGAUCGACAUGGGAAGGCCAUCUCAGAUCUCAUCCUGUGUCAGCAUGUUGUCUUGCCCUGAUUAAGCUUCUGAUAUGCAAAUGCAAGGCACUAACAUCCGGACAUGGGUUGCACCACCUCAUGAAAUAGCAAG